AGGGCCGAAGGGGGCUGUCCGUUGCCGUCCGACACACUCACGCACGAACAGAGCCCGCAGUAGGGAAAAGCGGCGGCGCUCUGAGGCGGGGCGGCCCCGGUUUCUUGGCCCCUUCGCUCCUUCCUUCUCUUUCUCUCCUCUCUCUUUUCUCCCCCUCGCUCUUUCUCCUCUCCCUGCCCCGCUCCCUCCCUCUCUCCCCCCCUCCAUCCCCGCCCCGGCCGCCCCGUCCCUCGGCCGACCCCGGCGGGCCAGACCAGGCCAGGCCUCGGGAGUCGCUUCCUCCGCCGCCGGCGCCGGCGCCCCCCUCUUCCCUCUUCCCCCCUCUCUCUCCUCCCCCCUCGUCCCUCCCUCCCCUCCCUCUCACCCCCACAAGACGGGCCAGGCCGGGCCUCGGUAGCCGGGUGGGAGAGGCCCCGGCCGGAAGGGCGAGAGACCAGCCAGCCAUCCCUACGCCGCCGCCAGCCAGCCAAGCCAGUCAGGAUGAUCAAGCUUUUCUCGUUAAAGCAGCAGAAGAAGGAGGAGGAAUCGGCCGGCGGCACCAAGGGCUCCAGCAAGAAAGCCUCCGCCGCGCAGCUCCGCAUCCAGAAAGGUUGGGGAGGGGGGAAAGGAAGGAAGGAAAAGGGGGGGGAAAGUACCUUGUCCUCCCCAUCACUCCAACACGCAUAAUAAUAGGCACUCUGGGCUGUAGAUCGGUCCUACUACGUGGCCUCUGUGCACACAGCAAGUGAGAAUAAUGUUUUAAGAGGACGGUGCCCCUCUCUCCUGGGGAUAUGAGGGGCUUGCAAUUUGGGGGAAAAAGAAGAAGAAGCUAAAAUAGUUUAUGCACUGCUGAUAAAGAGGUGCUCACUUGCUUUAUUGGUAGGACAGUAUGACUAGCGUUGCAGAACUGGGUGGGCUUUCCAAAUGCCUCUUUAUCGUUGUUUUUAGAGCAUCUGUACCCCCACUGUGCAAACUAUGAUAAAUGCUGCCUAAGGGAGUGGCAGAGGUGAAACUUGGAACUGGAGAGUGCCCACUAUUUUAAGUGACUGUGGAUGUUGGGGUACAUACUCCGGGUUGGAAUUCUGAAAUUCAAGCCUGAGGAAGUGUUGGAUGAGCAGUGCCUCUUUGGCUGAUGACGCCAAAGCACUGUUUCAUGCCCAAGGUGGUCUCGUGUUCGUUUGAGUCCUGGGGCCCUUGCUCAGACUAUAUAUUUACUUAUUUAUUACUGCUUUUUCUUCUAUCCUGUCUUUCUCCAGGGAACUCAGGGUGGCACCCAUUGUGUCUUCACAUUUUUACCCCUAUGGCAAAUCUAUGACUUCAAAUAGACUUUAUAGAAGCCAUCUUUAGGGAGCUUAAUGGCUGAGCAAGAAUUUGAAGCCCCAUCUAACAGAGAACUAAGUAUAUAGUUCUUAAAAUAAGCUCUUUCCCCUGUUUUGUCUUAGAGUGAGAAAUGAAACAAAUCUUCAGGUCCCCUUCUGUGUUUGAUUACUCAUAGGUAGUUGCCAGCUCUUGUACAUGCACACCCGCCGCUCUUUUUAAUUUUUGCGUACGGUUCCAUAGAUCUCUAUUUCCAACAUGCUAGCAUGGACUUGUAUUCAGAUGGAAGCAUUUCCUUUUGUUCCUGACUUGUGACCAGGGAGCUGAUGGCAUGUCUGUGCCCCCUUUUUCUAAUUUUAAAAAAAAUGAAAUGGCACCUCAUUUCAGCAAAUCACAAAGCUUGCAAGGCCACUGGGAAAAAAGGGAUAGGAAUAGAUUUUGAUUUAAAAAGUGGGAGGUUUAUUUUGGUUUUGGCCUGAUCACCAGUCAUGUGAAGUAGUCUGUCCCUGCAACUGACCACUUCUGCUUUUCCUCCCAGAUAUUAAUGAAUUGAAUUUGCCGAAAACAUGCGAAAUAGACUUUUCAGACCAGGAUGACCUCCUCAACUUCAAGCUAGUUAUCUGCCCUGAUGAGGUAAGUGGUAGAGAGAGGAGUCAUGUAGCCAGACCACUCUGCUGGGGCUUGCCAUUCUAUUUGUCACCAUAGAAAGGCCUGGUGGGUGUGCCAGGAAACUCCAUUGCAUAAUAGCACAAUUCUAAGAUACAGCUAAAGCAGGGAGGAGUCUUGCAUCAGUUGACAGGAGAUGAUAUCCACCACCAUGAGGUUGACAGAAUUCUAAGAUCUGGCUGUUUUUCUUUUUAUUCUGCCUGUAUAAGAAACCUGUGCAAGGAAUCUAUUGUUGAACUUUAGAUUUCUGUGAUUUUUCUACUUUGUUUCUAGUCGGGGCUGUGGUGGCAUUUUGAAUUGCUUAAGGACUGUGUCUUAAGUUACACCAGUGAUCAGGGAUGCUUCAUCCUUCCCUCUCCCGUAGAACUCUCUUAGGUUUCCUAAUUUUAAAUCUAUCUUGACCUUUUUCUUACCUAUACCUUUUAUCCUCAUUCCGUACCAUGGAGGCUGUAAUCUACCUGCCCAGCCUCUGUGCCUACCAGCUUGUUGCUUCUAGGUAAAAUAAUUGAGAUGCUCCCAAAACUUAAAAUAUCAGGUACAAAAUGCAUGCCAAGUAAGUGGGUAUUUUAUUUUAUUUUAAUUUCACUUUGCCAUCUUACAAAUUUCGGAGGCACAAGUUAGCUUCCUUGAUCCAGAAUACAAAAGUCCAACAGUAGCACAUGAAGCUACUCACACUUUAAAAGAUCUUUUUCAGAAGCACUGUCCAGGAUCCCUAUGCUGUCUAGGAUCCAGAAGAGUCUUGGCUGUCGGAAUGCUCUCCAGCAGGGUGAUUAACUUAUGGUUCUCCAGAGGGUGAUGGAUUAAAACUUCCAUCUUUGUGGCCAGGGAUGAUGGAAGUUGUAGUCUGACAAAAACCGAAAAGCCACAGGUUAACCACCUCUACCCUGUGGGAAGGUUCCUUCUCUGCCCCUUUGCUCCUCGUUCUUAGAUUUAAAGCCAAGAUCUCUAGAAUCCUGUUAAUGUCUGCAAGGAAUUACUUAAGUUUCUACUGCUUAUUUAAUUUGCUGUUUGUUACCUUGUUUUUCCUGUCUUGUAGUUGAUUGUGUGUUUUGAUUGUUUAAUUUUUCACAUUGAGCCACCUUGGAGACCUGCUAGGCCAAAAAGAAAGGAUAAAAUGUUUUAAUACGUCCAUAUUAGUGCAAUAUAUAUUUUAUCAGCACGAGAGGUAAGAUUAACCAUACCUUAGCAUUUUGUAGUGCUUAUUCUUUAUCUGCCUUGGCAUGCUGUCCCUAAAGGGGAGUUCAGCAUGUUUUAUACACCUCAUAUGUGUAUUAUUGAAAUGAUCAAGAUGAAUUACAGUGCAUCUUUAUUUUCCUGUCCUAGGCCUUUGCUGUACUCAAGUGUACUCAAGUCUCCUGGUUUAGCUAGUUCCAUGCAACCAGAACUAAUUGGCCAUAUUCCCUCCUAUUCCGUAGCAUGUUCAUAUGAGCAUUUUUUUCAGGCAGUAUUGCUUGGGCAGUGGUUGAUUUGAGCACAGGUGUACUAAACCUUCAGACGGUGGUGUUUUUCUCUACCUGUGUGUUUGGCAUUGUAACCCUGCAUGUGGUGGGUUAAAGUGUGAGCUGUGAGAUGAAAGAAUGAAAUUAAUUAUGCGUAACUGACUUUGGGCCAUAGACCAUCAAAUCUGGCAUUUGAUUUGCGCAGAUUUCAAGUAUUGGCUGAUAUGAUAAACUUGGUACAUGGAACAUUUUUGGCUUGAUUCUUACUUUGAGAUGGCUGUUGAUAGCACUUCAUUUCAGGAACCUUCUUUCUGAAUGUACCUUUUCCUCAUGGUGAUAUGGCAAACGAACAAGGCCCGAGGUUCCUCAGAGUGGGUGUCACAUAGGCGCACAUUCGGUUUUCAUGUUUUCGUGAAAAUUACAGGAGGAAGCUGCCUUGUGUAUAUUUACUGUUUCAAAAACUGGGGCCAUGAGUCACCAUUCAUUGUUGCCUUCCACCAUCUGAAGCAAGCACUGAAAGUUGGAGCCCUGCUGGGGUGGCACAAUAAGUAGUAAUCUGUGAUGAUUGGUGCUGGCCAUUACUGAAAGCCUCAACUUAAAAACCUGAGAAUCUUUGUUUGCAUUUUCAGACAAAGGGUUUUUUGCAGUCAAGGAUACUGAUAAGUGUUGGUAGAUGGUGGAAAAUAGAGAAAAAGCACCUCUGCUAAACACAGUCCUUCCACUAUGGUUCAAAGUCUCUCUUCUGAGCUUCUGUGCACAUAAACACAUUUUAGUGCAUCAGAAUUCAUCCACGCCUGUUUUCCCAACUAGUUUACCAUUUUGUUUUCUGGUUUGGGAAAAUUAGCUGUACAUCCAGAAUACUGGGUUUGCAAAAGUGCAGAGAUUUAUGAAGCGUUAAUCACCUUGCUGUAAACAUUCAAUUUUGACUGUUUGGAUGAGGGAUUCUAGAGUUGAUUAAAAUGUUUUAUCAUUAACCUGCCUUCCCCCACCCAAAAAGGUGAAUCUUGUUCUCUUUUAUAUGGAGCCAAAAUUGCUUAAAAUGUUUAAAAUUUUGCCUUGCAGGGCUUCUAUAAAGGUGGGAAAUUCGUUUUCAGUUUUAAAGUAAGUAACCUCCCUGUUUUCUCUUGUCCAAGCCCCAGGCUUUUAGUGGGGUGGUGUGGUGGAGGUAUACGUUUGGUUGUAGGAGUUUGUCUUGGCACACUAUCAAGCUGCCUGCUUUUCACUGCAUUUUAGCCACCCUUUUUUACUUGGGCUAGUUAUAAGAGGCUAUAUAUUGUGUCAACAGCCAUGUAGAUGAGUAAAAGUACUAAUAAUUGGGGCAGAGGGGGCAGGAAAGGAGAGGAAGUAAUAGAUUGGUUCAUUGUGAGGUACAAUGUGACUGUGCUUCCUUGGGUGUAUCCCCAACCCCCAAAUCUGACUUUACUUCUGGGAGUACCUGAGCUUUCUUGGGCAUACGCAGAACCCUGUGGUUGAUUUUAUGAACGUAGAUCCAGGCAUGACUGGGAAUGGGGUGGGGCAGCAGGACAGGGUUUGCUCUUAUUUUUCUGCCUCAAAGCUGCCUGGUUCAGGGGAAACCAUUUGAUGGGAAAGAGAGACAUUUUUAAAAAAUAAAUAAACAUCCCCCAAAAAACAACAACCAAGGGAGAAUGAUUGGGGAGGGAUUGAAGGCAUGUCCUAAAUGGGCUGUUGCCUGAUGUAAGACUUCCUACUUAGAGAAUCUCAAACUGGGGAUUGUCUGUGCUUGAAGACAUGGUUGCUGAAUGAUUUAUAAAUUGAAGAAAUUCUACUUCUUUGUGUAGAAUAAAUUCCGCAGCUACAUGCAUUGUUUGGGAUUUUGGGGCUGCUUGUUUAUUUUUUACUGUUGUUGCUUUUACCAAACUUAAAAAAAUAUAUUUUUUUUAGAGUUUGAAGUGACUUUAGCCAAGGAAUGGGCUGGAGUGAGGAGCCCUUGUGGGAAUUCUCUUGUUCUGCCUGCUGCCCAUUUGAAUGUUUUGGACUACAGCUUGCAUCAUCCCUGACCAUUGGCCAUGCUGUCUGGGGCUGAUGGAAGUUGCGAUUUGAAAACAUAGAAGGGAAAGGCUGCCCUGGUUCUGAUCAUCUAGUAAACAUUGUUUUUUGUUUUCAAACUUGCCAGCCCCUCAAAACAUGAGGUUUAUACACCAGAUUUUUAAAAAAGUGAUCUAGGAAGUUCUUCUCACUUUAAAACAUACCUGCUUCCAAAUUGGGGUAUCUCAUAGCACCUAGUGUUUAACCCCAUUGGUCUUGAGUUAAUCUAUCUGGGGUGCACAUUCCAUUGCUCAGAACCCGGCAUCCCUGCAAUCUUUGCUUUCAUUUAAACUUUCCGUUUCACCUAGUUCUGAGAAGAUCAGUGAGCACACAGGCUACUAAUGAAUCAAAACAAAAGGGCAGCUGAAAUAUUUCCUGUACAGCUCUGACCCUCUCUAUUUAUUUAUUUUUUUGUUAGAAGUUUUAUUUUUUUUAACCCUCCCUUUCCAGUAAAAAGUGCUCAAGGUGGAUCUUCUCUCUCCAUGUCAGGGCCAUUUCUGUGAAAGCCCAGCAGCAGCUGGGCUAAAUGAUGCAAAUGAAGAAAAAUGUUGGGUGUGUAGCUUGGCAAGGAACCUGGCUUGUUUUGAACUUGGAGGUGAAAGAGGAAAGAAACUCGGUGCUGUUUAGGCCUCUGCGCUGUCUUGGCAAUUCUUAAAAUGUACUUGCCCAUUGAGCCAGAGCUGUCAGUAGAAAUUAGGAGUUCUGAUGAGGAUGUAGAGGCGUUAGGAAAGGGGCUGCCAGCCAUGGUGAAGGAUUUUUCUGCUAAUUAUUCAUCUUUCUUGACUAGAGGGGGAAAGUGACAAAAGUAUGAAAUGUAAACAAUUAAAAUUAGUUUUAAUUACGGCUAUUUAAAGACAGCAUUAAUGGGAAGAACCCUGGAACAUUUCUAAAAAUGUAGUGAGGGUGUUCGUAAUUGUGUGUGGGCCCCAAGAUUUCCCUUCCUUUGUCAGUUGGGCUUGAUGCAUAAAUGUUGGCCGUAAUUAUAUUUUUAUCCCACCCUUCAGGGUGUUAUGCAUGGUUCUUCUUCCUUCCUCACCUGCUGUUUGAUUAUCGUAACAGCCAUGUGGGAUAGGCCUGGCUGGGUGCUGGUUACUCGUCAUAAGGCACCCAUGGAGCUGCUUGGUUGAUUGAGGGAUUGUUCCUGGGUCUCCCCAAUCCAUGUCCCAACAACAUAUUCUCUAUAUAGCCCAUUGGUUCUUAAAGCUUAAUCCACAAUAAAAUCUGUCACCAAGGUGGUGCCUUCUUCUAUCAAGCUAUCAAAUUUGAUUUUAAAGCUGUUCCUUUCCUGAAGACAUUGGAAGCAUUUCUCUCAACCUAAUUUAAAACAGACAUAGAUCCCUGUAUCUUGAGAGCAUGUUGGGCUUCUUCCCUUCACCUUUUCUGUUGGAGCCUCCCAGUGUCUCCACUCACAAAGAUCUGGAUCUCACCGUUUCAGCGCUCAAGUCACAGCAGUUUCCUUGUUUUUAUUUAUGUAAAAAGUGUUUAUCUAUAUGAUCCUUGAGUCAUAUUCCCCAGGCAAUUGACAAAAUAAAUAUACACAAUUACUGUCUGAAAGGCAUUCUAUAGAAGCACCUGUUUGCUUCUGGAACCAGUGUUGCACUGCACACAUGAAUAAGAGAUGCCAGAGAUUUCUAAUAGAAGAUGGUGCAUUAAGUGCUUCAAGGAAUGACUUGAUUACAGUCAUACCUUGGUUUUCAAACAGCUUAGUUCUCAAACUUUUUGGCUCCUGAACGCCGCAAACCCGCAAGUGAGUGUUCCAGUUGGCGAACUAUUUUUGGAAGCCGAACGUCCGACGGGGUUCCCACAGAGCUUCCUGCAGCCCAUCAGAAGCUGCACUUUGGUUUCCGAAUGUUUUGGAAGUCGAACGGACUUCCGGAACGGAUUCUGUUCGACUUCCAAGGUACGAUUGUAUUUGCAUGUCUUUGGGACAAACUGCCUAGAGGAGAGGUGGGGAACCUAUCACUCAGCAAAUAUUGCUGGACUACACUUCCCAUUGUUCCUCACCAUUGGGCAUUCUGGCUAGAUCUGAUGGGAGUUGUAGUCUUAACAAGAUAAGGAGUCUUGCAGGUUCCACACCCUGUGACCUAGGACAAACAGGUUGCAAAACCUAGAGUGUAUGAAGAUAAGAUACCAUGUUAGGAAAUUAGUUUGUUGGUAUGAGAACAAAGUUGAUCUGCUAGGUAUGGCAUACGUGUGUCCAGGAUUUUGUGACUGGUAAUCUUAAGGUUUUGCUGUGCAUUAUGGAAUCUCUUAUAAUGAACCCAAGGAGGCCAACAGUUCUUAUUUUUCUUGUAUUUCAUUUGCAGGUGGGACAAGGGUACCCACAUGACCCACCCAAGGUGAAGUGUGAGACCAUGGUGUAUCAUCCCAACAUAGACCUAGAAGGCAAUGUCUGCCUAAAUAUCCUCAGGUACAGAGGCUGCUCUGCUGUCUAAGCCCUAUAUUCCAUUCACUUCUAUAUAUUGUUUUUCUGAAGCUGUCUGUGAACUUCUCUAAAAUUAUAAAGUAACCACAUAUGUCAAGCAUCAUCACUAUGUCUCCCUAUUGAUUACCCUAACAUUUUUCAAUUGGAUAUGAAAACAUUAUUUUCAUUUUGGGUCAUCAGUAACAUUCCUUGCUUUUGCCUUCGUAAUAAUAAUAAUCAGUUGAUUUGCUGGACUUUGAUAGAACUGCAUUGAUGUGAACAAACAAAUGAGAACCAAGGAGAGUAAAAGUUCGGAACCAGCUUGACAGUACUGAGGCCUGUUCUUGGGCUAUUUUUUCUGGAGUUUAAGAAUUUUAUUCAAAUGUGUUUCAGUAAUAGAGUUCUACUAUAUGUCCCUUCAAGCAUUAAGAUUUUAAACAUAAUGUCCUGGUCCUUAGGGAAAUUGCUUCUUCAACCUGUUUGGUGCAGUGUCACACAGUGAUCUUAUUAUUGAUGACAUUUGUUGUUUGCCGUAUACAAAAAGCAUCUCAAGAUGACUUGACUUAAGAUUAAUAAUUAAAAAAAUAAAAUAAAAAUCCUGAAUCCUACCCUACAUUUCAGUCUGCUGUUAUUACUCCUUUUGGGAGGUUUUCCUUUCUGUACACUCACUUUUUUCUCUCUCUCACACAGAGAGGACUGGAAGCCUGUACUAACAAUAAACUCUAUAAUUUAUGGCCUGCAGUAUCUCUUCUUGGUGAGUAUAUGUGAAGUUGAAAGUCGAAAACGCAGAAUGAAACAUGUCUUUCCUCACUUGAGGCUGAGCAGAAAGUGUGGGUGUAGGCAUGGGAGACACAUGGCACAGAAGGUAGAAGAAAUGCAGCACUGGCUUGAUGAUUCUGUGGGUGUUAGUGUGAGACAGAGUGUGCAUAAGGUAAAGGCAGUUUUGGCUUUAUAUAGUUGUGCUUGGGUAGGAUGUGUGUAUUGUGCUGUCUGUCAGCCUUCGAGAAUAGCUUGAGAUGGGGAUUUGCCUUUGCACAGCAAUGCACUUGACAGUUUGGGCAAAGAAGCGUUAUGAGACCUUGCUCUGUCCAGGGUAGCUUGACGUAAACCAGUGUUCUUCAUCCUUGUGUCACCACAUGCCAGUGGACUGCAACUCCCAUAUUCCCCAAUCAUUUUCGCCAGUGACGAAAAAUAAGAGUUGUAGUCCAGUAACAUCUGGGAACCCAUGGUUGAAGAGCACUGACUGAAAUCUUGUUUUAGCUUCCUAAUACAUUUAUUUCCUAAACAGUUAUGCAUAUUAAUAUGUGGUUGUAACAGUGAAAACAUACCUGUUUGUAAUAAGAUGAAGCCCCAGGAGCAUAAUCUGGAAAUCUCUCGUCAUCCACCCCCUGAUGCAUUUUCCACUACAAAAUCUAUUUGUGCAGUCUUGUGCAUGUUUACUAAAAUGCAAGUCUUGCUAUGUAAAUGGGGUUUUCUCCUAGGUAAGUAUACACAGAAUUUCAGUCUCUCCUUAAAUCAGAGACAGUUCGUAAAAUUAAGUAGUUUUGUUUAGCUUUCUGUACAUGUGUAAGGGCACACAAAUUACUUCCUUGGUGACCAAGUACCACCAACUUUCCGUAUGCAGUGGGUGGUAGUUACUGGGCAGAAAUUCUAUAAAUACUCACCAUGCAUACAAUAAAUACAUUCCAGGAGCAAUGAGGCCUGUAAUGCUGGUCUGCAAGGUACCCACAUUUUUUGCUCUUGGAUUAUAAUUUUACAUAGAAAAUUAAGCUUCAAUUCAUUGCUUUUAAUCGGGGAUCCAGCUUUAAAAUACCUGUUUGUAUUACAUCAAUAUUUAUUCUAUUGCAUUCUGAAAAACCAGGUUAUUUUAAAGGGGUGCUUAAUAAAACUUUUUAAAAACUCUGAUUUAAAAAGUUUUUGCUGUUUUAAGGCAUUUAAAUCAUUUUUUAUACAGCCUGAUUUGCGUGGAUUGCAAUACAGCUGGUGCUGCUGUUCCUCUGGGUUGUGUCUCUCAACCCUUCUGACAACUGUAGAUCUUGUUGUCAUGGCCCCUCCCAGCAUAGUUGUCAGAAAGCGAAAUGAUAUACCAUAAUGUCUCAUAACUCCCGACCCAGAAUUGCCAUGCUUUUUGGUCUAUUCUGUGCUUUUGGAGCUGAAUUGGAGAAUGGUGAUCAUUUUUUUCUCAAAUAGGCUUGGAGCUUCUUUGCUGCAGGGAAUGGGGAAGCUGAAACUGACCCAGUUAUUCGGUUACAACUCUCAUUGGCAGGGUGAGAGGCAGAGGAACAUUUGAGGUCAUGUGCCCUGGUAGUUCUAAAAGCCUUGGUUGACCUUGUGUCCAAAGAGUGUAGAGGAAGAGGGUGUAGCACACUGUCUCCUAGGAGACAGAUUCAUGGGGAGAGGCUGGCAUCUCUCAGGUGGUGUGGGCUGUUUCUAGGCAGAUUGAAGCCUCUCCUGGAAACCAUUCCUGCGAGUGCUUUCAUGAGGUCAGGAGGCAAAGUGCCAACGUAAUGGUGAAACACAGCGUGUGGCUAUACAUCAGUUCCUACAUUUGUGAUCAUUGCUGAGGUUGCUAGAGGUUAUGCUAUUUCUGUAGGCUUGCUGAUGUAUUCCUGCUCUCCCCACCCCCCUGAGAUCCUUGCAUGAAGCCUUUCAGAGGCUUCUGUGGACUUACUUUGCCCCAUUCCUUUUAUUUUGUAUUUCCCUCCCUGCUAAGUGCAAGAGGUGAUGCUGGAAGGCAAUGCUACAUUAGGAUGGCCUCAAAUGUUCUCUCUGUUUGACGGGGAGGGGAAGGAAAAGGAGGAGGCUUGCUAUAAUAACAAGAGAACCUCAGCCCCUGGAGCAAUGCAAACCCAGAGGUUGGAAGCCUCUUCUCAUCACUGAAACUGAAGGCCACUUCAUGUGAUUCACUAGAGACAGAACCCGGAGGACGAUUUGUGCAGUUGAUGGGAUCAAGUUGUAAACGGUGGCAUGGGAAGGGCUUUUGCCACUUGAUUAUGCUGAGUUUUCUAUAGGCUGCUAGAGCUGUUACUGUGUCUUUUCUAGCUGCUUAUCCAAGGCAUGGUUUUAGGGAAUGCCUUCAUUUUCCUUUGUAUUGGAGGGAAAUUGCUUGAGGAAAUGGAAUCCUUCAGGAUACGUUGGGCAUCAGCCACACUGAUGAAAACGGUGUGCAGAUGAUGUUAAUAAGAUAUCAAACAGGGCUUGACUUGCUGUAGAGCAUGUAGUGAAACCCUGCUAUUAAACUUGCAUGGCUUUUCUCUGUUGGUUGGCCUACUCUUGGGUCUAGAUUGAUCUGCCAACCAAUUGAUCUUUUUGCCCCUCAAUGCAGGAGUUGAAUGCUACCUUUUUAGCUAGUUCCAGUUCUGUGAGAAUACUUAUUCUAAAAGCGGCGAUGCCCCCAGUUCUUGUUUUAGCCCACCAAUCUUAAAUGUGCCUUAGCUUCAAUGUUUAUCUUUCACUUCUCCAGUUGUCUUUCCUCGAAGCCCCUCUUGUUAUUCCUAGAACAGGCAAGGGGAAUCUCCAGCCUCUGUGCUGGACUAGGUGCUCCAGGGUCCCUAAUUCCACUUCAGAGAUUGCUUUUCCUCAGCCAUAUCCACCUGCAGUUGGGUGGGAUUAACUGUUGGGUAGCUAAAGCUUGUCUGCAAAGGAACAACCAGGAGCCUUUGAUUGCUCUCCUGCUUUUCUCCAUUGCCAGCAUGGCUUGUGCUUGGUGCCUUUUGAAUUCAGCACUGAAAGUUAGCUCUGCUGAGAUAAGCUCCAUUUGGGAGCUCCCAGUAGGAGUUCCUGAGUGGAGCCGAUCACUGCCAAGAGCGGGACUUUAAUUCAGCUCUGAAUUUAAACACUGCCAAAUGCAAGUUCAUCUGACAAGCAACAACUGGGAGCGCAUGGCUUAGCAGCAUUUCCCAACCUUGGGCCUCCAGCUGUUUUUGGACUACAACUCCCAUAAUCCUCAGCUAGCAAGACCAGUGGUCAGGGAUGAUGGGAAUUGUAGUUCGAAAACAGCUGGAGGCCCAAGUUUGGGAAACACUGGCUUAGAGCACACUCCCUGUUGUUUCUUUGCAGUGGGACUUGGGUGCGGUUCAGAUUCAGUGUUCAAGUGCAAGCCCUGCUUCUUCCUGGCAAACAGUGGUCCGCCUGAUGUCAUUUGACUGGUGAUUGACAGCUGGAUGGACUUGCCCACCCCUUAAAAGUGGCCCAUGUAGGGAUGGCUGCUUUUGGAUUCACCCUGCCUCCUCAAAGAGAUUCUCCACCCCUGCUCUAGAACAUCAGCUAGUCACCUUGGACCAUGAAUAAGGCAUCUGCACUCCAGUAUGGAAAUGGGGAUUUGUGAUGGGCGGGGUGGGGUGGGGUGGAAAGAGUUGAGUGAGCCCCAGGCAGCUCUGUGAACAGGUAACAGAACAGGAAUGCGGGUUGGCAUUUAAUCUUGCAUCUGACGAAGUGGACUCUGCUCCAUGAAAGCUUUUGCCAUAACAAGUCCUUGUCUUUGAAGGUGCUGCAAAUCUCUUUGGCAUUUAAUAAUAGAGCUUUUCCUCCCUCGUCGCAGGAGCCAAACCCUGAAGACCCCCUGAACAAAGAGGCUGCUGAAGUCCUCCAGAACAACAGACGCCUGUUUGAGCAGAACGUCCAGCGCUCCAUGCGGGGCGGCUACAUUGGCUCCACCUACUUUGAACGCUGCCUCAAAUAGAACUGACCGGCUCCGGGCACAAACCUGCCCUCCCCAUGCCCCUUCAUCUCCCUUCCAGCUCUCCUAAGGGACUCUGCCAACACCGCUGCCUUCAGCCACCAAGGGGGGCACAGGAGUCAGAAAUUGGCAGGAGGCCCCCUCCAUCCUCCUUUCCCCGCUUCCUCGCCCCACCUGCUCGCCUUCCUCCCCCCCCCCAACUGCCAUCCUGGGGCCCCAGCAGCUGCCGCCUCACUAAACCCUCGUACCUUUCUCGCCACUCUCCCUGUGUGCUGCUGCGGGGCGAGGGGUGAGGUUACUGCUGCUUCCCUGCCAUGCCCCACCGCAUUGGGGUAGCCACCUGCCCCAUGGGGCUGGGUGUGCGGGACCCCAUGAUGGUGCCCGUUUGCCUUUCUGGGGGCUGUGGUUUUGCUGCUAAGAACAGAAGGCUCCCUCUGUGCUCUGGUACCCCCUGCCUGCAGUGUGGUAUAACUGCACUGCAUGAUCCGCAGGCCAUUUGCCUCUCCUUUCCUCCUCCCUUGCUGGGCACCACGGCUUCCGAGCGUAACUAUUUAUUACACAGGGGAGGCUCUCGAGGGCUGGGUGAGUCUGGGAGGCUGAGAGGGGGUGUUGAGCCAUCUCCAUCCUGCCCCAGGUGCCGUGGCUCUGGGGAGGCUGGGUCAGGCCUGGAAUAUUCCUUUUAGAAUCAACUCACUUGUGUGUCUGGUUUUUAAGGAAAAAUAAAAAAAAACCACAACCAAAACAACCAGUGCUAAUAAUAAUAGUAGUAGUAAAAAUGUAAUGGGGGGCAGCGCUGUCUCCCAACUGUGUCCACCAGGGCCUGCCCAGCAACGAACACUCUCUGCCUCUCCAGUGACUCCUGCGAGCCCCUGGCCAAAAUAAAGCCACUGUACUUCUAGUGUGUCGGGUUAUUAAAGGGGAAUGUUAGCGCACUCAAUUGGCCCCUUGCCUCUCUCUCUCUCUCUC